UCACAAUCAGAGCAAAUCAUUUAAUAGCAAGAUGUCGUUUUUUAAAAAAGUAUAACACGAAAUCUAGAGGUAACACGAAUGUCUGAGCGAUUCGCAACACAGAAACAAUGAGAUUCCGUUGCCCUUGUUGCCGGCGCCAAAUUAUGCCGUUGGAGGAAAGCUUCGAGCAAGACCCGGAGACGGGAACCGCUUAUCCUGAAAACACCGGCCAGUUCAUCUCGAUUGCCGUGGGUCGCGGGAAUACGGACGAGACGACGGCGGAAAUGCAGGAGGUUAUUAUCGAUGAUGGCGAAAGGUUUUCUGUGAAAGAUGAAACGUUCUCUGAGAUCUCAGCACAUACUGGCAUUCUUCCUUCGGCCUUGCAACUGCUGAUUCUGUCAUGGCUACAGCCUAUGGACAACAAGGCAAACACGAAGCUUUUUGGAAGCGCUAAGGCUGUGAAACGCGAGCAGACGAGACACAAAGCCGCUGGUUGGAUCAUCCAUCCUUGCAGUGCGUUUAGAUUAUAUUGGAAUAUGUUAAUGAUGUUAUUACUCGUUGUCAAUAUGUAUGCGUUACCGGUCGCAAUCACCUUUUUUACCGACGCUUUACCGUUGUCCUGGAUAAUCCUUAAUAUCCUGUCAGAUGUAUUCUUUAUGACUGACCUUAUCAUUAACUUUCGAACUGGAAUUAUGGUGACCGACAUGAGCUACAAGUUCAUUUUGGAACCAAAGAAGAUUGCUGUGAGAUAUCUUCGAACGUGGUUUUUGGUCGAUCUUAUCUCCUCCUUACCGCUGGACUAUAUCAUCUCUGCCAUCACUCGUCAUAAAGACUCCGAGUUAGUCGGAGCAUCGCGGGCUCUCAGAGUGCUAAGACUUGCUAAACUUUUGAGCCUGCUGCGUUUAUUGCGGGUUUCCAGGCUUGUACGUUACGUAAGCCAGUAUGAAGUGAUUUUUAACUGGACAAAAUCGUUUAUAAAAUUCAUCAAUCUCAUCGCCGUGAUGUCGUUAGUAACCCACUGGAAUGCAUGUCUACAGUACCUCGUACCAUCCUUGACUGAUUUCGAUAGCAGUUCCUGGGUUGAGAUUCAUCAUCUUCAAAACGAGCAAUGGUCCACGAAAUACGUUUGGUCCUUGUUUAAAGCCAUGUCUCAUAUGUUGUGCAUCGGUUAUGGUCGCUUUCCUCCGCAAAAUAUUCAAGAGGUUGUUGUCACCUGCUUCAGCAUGGCCACUGGAGCGACCUGUUAUGGGAUAUUCAUUGCUUACUGUAUCUCCACCAUCCAACAGACUGACUCAUCACGUAGGCAGUACUAUGAGAGGGUUCAACAAAUUGCGGAGUACAUGUCUUAUCGCAAAUUACCCACGACGAUACGAGAAAAAGUUUUGAAGUAUUUUGAUCAUCGCUACAAGGGAAAGUUCUUCGACGAACGGGCGAUAUUGGGAGAAGUUUCUUCACCAUUGAGAAAUGAGAUAAUCAGUCACAACUGCAGUGAUCUCGUAAGUGCUGUGCCGUUCUUUAGCGAGGCGGAUCCAGUCUUCGUCUCCGCCAUUAUAACGAAGCUACGUUUCGAAGUAUUUCUUGAAGGGGACAUAAUCAUACGGGAGGGAACUAUAGGGACGGAGAUGUACUUUUUGCGGGAAGGCAGUGUUGAAAUAAGAACAAACGACGACCUCCAAAAUGUCCUGAAUGAUGGCUCGUAUUUCGGAGAAAUUUGUCUCCUCACAAACGCUCGACGGAUUGCGAGUGUCAUAGCCACAUCCACCUGCGACACUUUCGUUCUCAGCACGAGUGACUUCCACGAAGUGUUAGAAGACUUCCCGGAGAUGCGGGAGAAAAUGGAAAAGGUGGCCGAGGAACGCCUGAACUUUAUCAAAAGGCAGCGCAAUCGCCGUGCGUCGAUGCAUCCGCAACCAAAUGGCACCCCUGCGACCGCUAAUCACCCAGAGGUGUAGCAUGCGGGCUUGCAUAAUUGUGUCGGCAAAAAAAGAGCUAGUCGGUCCAUAGAUAGAACGGGCGUAGUACAUGUAAAUAAGUUAAGAACUAUUAAAAAUGUCCAAACCUUUCU